ACAAGUUAACCUAUAAAAUGAAGCAAAAAUAAACAAAAAUAAACAUACUAAACGUGUUGUAGGUUUUAAUUUAGCCCAGCACUAAUUUACCGAUAGAAUGACCUUUUUUCGGCAAAUUAACUGUCUUAGAAGAAUGUCCAACAUCUCUUCAAGAUAUUUUCACAUUUCAAGAACCACCUUAUUAGAUCAAAAGUGGAGACAAGCAAAAGGGCUGCCACUUAACCCAAAUGCAUAUGGAGUCUUAACUGAUUCACCGGACUAUUCGUUUUUAGAUGGUCGACCAACACCUUACGGCGUUCGCCAGACAAAACGUUUAAUUAAACAAAAAGAAAUUGCCGAAUCUAUAAUCAUGUUAAGUAGCGAAGUAGAUUUUGCUGUGGAGAGACAUAAAAAACUACAGGCUGAAAAAGUUGCAAACGAGCAAAAAAUUAUUGACAGAAAAUUAAAACCCAAAGGGAAGUUAUUACUUUUAAAUAAAAAGAAUACGAAUGUACAAGAAUGAUUAAAGUAUGAGAUAACAUUUAUAAUUGUAUUAAUGUCUUAAGAAUAAAUAUUGUUGCUGAAGUA